CUCUGACUCUCAGACCUCAGUCACUGCUCCUGCUCUUACAGAUCCUACUCCUCUCUCUUUUCGUCUUUAGUGUAGUUUUGGAGAUGAAGGAACACAGACGGAGGUUCUAAUGUGGAUCUGCUGUGGUUCUAAUGUGGUUCUAAUGUGGAUCUGAUGUGGAUCUGAUGUGGUUCUGAUGCGGAUCUGAUGUGGAUCUGAUGUGGAACUUCAGCACCAUGGCUUCUCUUCACCUCCCGAUUUUACUGCAGUUUAUUCUCAGUCUGGUGCAGAGUUCACGAUUAAUGUCUGAUUAUAAAACCUGUGGAGAUGACGCAUGUGCACGUCUGAUGAGCCGCGUUCAGGCGCUGAGAGAUCAUGGUGCUCAGGACUGCAGGUUUCUCAGCUUUAAAAAAGGAGACAUGAUCGACGUCUACCACAAACUGUCAGGGAGGAGGAGCGAGCUGUGGGCUGGAAGUAGAGAUAAGGAUUUCGGUUAUUUUCCCAAAGACGCGGUGAAAAUCGAUGAAGUGUUUGUUGAUGAGAAGAAGGAGAUAGAGAUGAGAGCUCAGAAAACAGAUUUCUUCUGUAUGGAUGCGUUCGGGACAAUAAUCGUGAGCGGCGAAGAGUUCGAAGAUUACGAGUUCGGAGCUCAAACUGGCGAGUCUGAAGAAUUAGGUAACGCUGAUUUUGAUCAUCGAGUCUCCAAAUCAUCUGAAACAAAUGAGAAUGUCGAAACAAGGCACGUUGAUAACGAUAAUAAAGACAGAGGGAAAGCAGAACCAAGCAGAUCUUCCUGGAUCGGAUCUGCUGUUAGCGGAUGGUUUGCUAACGACGCAGAUGAAGCGGGAAACGAGAAUAAAGAGCUGGAGAACUUUAAGAGCAGAAAACUGGCCUUGGACAUGGAGCAACUGAACGGGGAUGGAGACGGACAGGAGGAUAAAACUGAUAGUGAUGAGGAUUCAUCCAGUGAGCAGGUCAGUUACCUGCUGGAAGAUGGAAUAAAAAGUCUUUUAGGUUUUGGAGGAGGAGAGAUACUGCCUUCUGAAACCAAGAAACAGGAUGAAAAUAUGCAAAAUUUGAGGAAAGAACAGGAAGCGAUCACUGAAAAUGAGAACAUCGUUGAGAAGAAGGACGCAGGAUGGUACGACAGCUUCUAUAACAGAAUCACAAAGUUUUACGGAGAUCCUGCAGAUAAAAGUGAAGCCAGUAAUGAUGAAGAAGAGAGUUUGAGCCACGGAGGCACAGACGUAGAUAAAGUGAAGGAGGAAAAAAAUCCAGACCCGGGAUCAGAAUCCCUUCUGAUUCAGGACUCAGAAGGUGACAGAAAUGCAGCAAACCACAAGAAGAGACAGGAAGUGAGCAGGCAGGAUGAGACGGGUGACAGUCAGCUGGGUGAAGGAUGGUAUGGAAGCGUCUAUAACAGAAUUACAGGACUUUAUGGAGACACCGGUGAUGGAAGCACUGCUCCUGAUAAGAGCGAUGUUAUUGAAAACGGUAGAGGAGAUCCCCCAGGAACAUCUGACAGCAUGGAUGUCGGUUCAAGCCCAGACGAGAAACCGGGAACCAGUGAUCCCAUCGCUGAGAGGAUGACUGAGAAUAAUAAUGCAGGGUGGUACAACAGCAUCUACAGCAGAAUUACCAACGUGUAUGGAGAUACGUCUGACCAAAAUGAUGUUCCUGAGGUCAUGAAAGAGAGUGAGAGCCAAACACAGAGUGAAUCCACAGAAGACACCUCGUCACAAUCCAUCUUCACUAGGAACGAUCUGUCGACUGUGAUUGACAGCCUGAGAGGAGAAGGAAGCCAAGACGAAACCAAAGUGAGUGAAUCUGUGAGAUCAGAGACGAGUGAUGAUGAUGAUGAUGAUGAUGAUGACGAUGGUGAUGAGGGUUCAGGACUGAGGGACAAAGAAAACACUGAGAACCUGACAGACUCUGAGCAAAACCAGGAUAUCUCACAGUCUGUGUUUUCAGGGAUGAUUAACGGCCUGAAGUCGCCUUUUAAACCCAACAAUGCAGGAGAUAAAGAAGAAAGCGAUGAAGAAAAGACUCUAGAUACAGGUAAGGAGGAGCAGAGUGAUAACGAUGAUGAGAUUAGUGUUAGAUCGACUGAGGUAGCUAGUGAAAUAUCGACUCAGAGAACUGCUGUGGUUAGUGAACAAGAAGAGGAAGAAGCUGAGCAUGAAGUACAGGGAGCUGAGGCCCAAAUCCAUGCUGUAGAACCUUCAUUAGACUGUAAUAAGCAGGAUUCGAGUGGAGAAGGUAGAAAGAGAGAUGAGUUCAGUGAUCAGUCCACCAGAUCCACCAACCAAAGUACUAACAUAACGUCAGAGCUUAAUACUGAUGAGAGUGAGACACUAGAGGAACCGGGAUGGGCCGAACACCUCUCAGACACAUCAAAAAGCCGCAAAGGUGACGCUAAUACAAACACCGUUAGUGGUGAGCUUCCUGAGAAAGAGCAAGUUUUUACAGGUGAAGAAGAGACACAGUCUGAGAGGGAGACCAGGGCAGAUUCAGGGCUUCAGGUCAGAACAGAUGUUACAAAGAACACCUCUGAGACUGUAGAUGAAUCUGCUGAAGCUCAGGAUGAAGGUGGAGCAGCAGACAUGUUACGUGAGGCAGAAGAGGCAGGUAUGAAGGUGAGGAGUAAUGAGGCAGAGCAGAUCCUCCAUACAGAGUCUAAUGCUGAGAAACAUGGUGUAGAUGUUCCUCACAGGAAAAGUAGUGAUGCUACUCAAAUAGAGAAUAGUGAAGAAAACCAAAGUGGGAACAUUACUCUAAUGAAGGAAGAUGAAGAAAGAGAAGAUACUGACAUUACUGAAAUGGAGAAUCAUGGAAUAAAAGACGAUGGUGUUGUUACUCCACUGGAGUCUGGUGGAGAAAAUGAAGACGUAGGUGCUACUCGAACGGAUACUGAUGGAGAAAAGGAAAGUUUAAACAUUACUCUGACAGAGUCUGGUGGAGAAAUGGAAGGUGAAGUUACUCAUGUGGAGUAUUCUGGAGGACAAGAUCAUGAAGAAGUUGCUCAAAUGGAGUCUGCCGGAGAAAAUGAAAGUAUAGUCAUUACUCAGAUGGAGUCUGGUGGAGACAACACAAGUGGUGAGCUUACUCCAGUGAAGAAUGCUGGAGAACAAGACGAUGUAGAUGAUUCUCAAAAUGUAACUGAUGGCCAAAAAGAAAGUGUACACAUUACUCAGAUGGAGUAUGAAGGAGAAAAAGGAGAUGAUAUUACUCAAGUAGUGUCUGAUGGAGAAAAAGAGGAUGUGAACCUUACUCAGAAGGAAUCUGAUGGAGAAAAAGAAGGUGUAGAUAUUAUUCAGAAGGAGCAUCUGAGCUUACACAAUGGUUUAGAAAACUCUCACAGCAUCUCUGAAACCAAUCAGAACUUGGAGAUUGAUCCUGAUGAGUCCAGAGAGUGUGAGAAACGUGAAAAUUGUGCAGAAGUCAUGCCUAAGAACAUACAAGAUACUCCAUCAACAGGCGCCUCUGAGACAGACACUUCCAUUUCCAGGACAUCUGAUGGAGAUCAAAAUCAUCAUGACAGCAAAACACAUGGAGAUAAAAUGAUGGAUGUUAAACAUCACAAAGCACAAACAUCAUCUCAGACACAGAAACCUGCGCAUCCCAACUUACGUGCUCAUCUCAGUGAGGAGGACAUGCAGGUUCUUCUUCAGUUCUUCAGUGGAGAAACGUUAUCAUGGCUGGAUUUCAUCAUCGGACACUCUGAGUUCAUCGACAAUGAAGAGCUUGCUGAGCUUCAUGACUUUGAGCAAACACUAGAACAUCUUCUGAAAACCAGAAAUCAAGAAAUCAAGCCGUCGCUACCAGCCACACAGGCUGUCUUAGCCAUGCUACGAAAGAAGUUUAGACCCGUGAUAGCAGAUGGCAGUGUAGAUAAAAGCCCAGAUCCGAGUCAGACCGAGUGUGUCACUGAAACAUGUCUGAGUACAACUGAGAACACACCAAUGUCCGAGCAGGAAACAGGAAAAGACACAGACACCGGUUCCAGCACAGAUGACUCAGAAAACGUAAUAGGCAAAGCACGCUCUAAUGAUCAAGAAGUUGUCACUGAGAAGACUAGAUUAUCAGAUACACUCGAGUCUGACCAGAAAAGUGCUCCUCAACUGGACACCAAUAUUAUCACUGAAGAGUUUUUGAAACCUGAAGAAUCCCACAAAGUUCUGCGUCCAUACACAGCUCUCGCUGCUGAAUUGACGAGUGAUGUGGUCAGGUACAUGGUGAAGGAGAGUGUCCGUGUGACACACGCUGUCCAUCAGGUGGUGAUGUCACUUCCCGAUGAUAUCCGACCCGGUCCUGAUCUUUACGGGGUGCCGUGGGAAGCUGUGAUCUUCACCGCUACGUUAGGUUUAUUCACCUUCAUGCUCUUCACCUGCAGAUUCUUCCAGGCAAUUAAGAGCAGGUUGUACUGCAGUAAGGAGAGGAGGAUGGGACAGAAGGUGGUGGAACUUCUGGAGGAGAAGUGUAAGGUUCUGGAGACACUCAGUGAGUGUGAACACAAGUUUAAGAAGCUGGAGGCUGCGCUGCAGAAUGGUGGACUUUCAGCUCAGGCUUCAGAGAAAGAAGAUUUGGAGGUCAUGUCGAAGAAGCUGGAGGAGGCGAACACACAGAUGCAGAGUGAUCUGGAGAAGAUGCAGGAGGAACUGGACACACAGGACCAGCUCAGGAAACAGCAGGAAGAGCAGCUCACAAAACUGGAAGAGAUGUUAAAGAAGCUCGAGCAGGAGGCCACCGAGCGCAGAUCUCAACUAGAGCAGGAUAAAAUGACUCUGAAAAUCCACGAGAUGAACAGCGAGAGACUGCAGAAGAAACUCCAGGAGGCUAAAGAGGAGAACAGCAUGCUGCUGGAGAGUAAAGCACAGCUGGAGCAGGAGGCAGAAGGAUGGAGGGAGCGACUGAGUGAGCUGGAGGAAGAGAAGAAGAUGUGUGAAACGUCACAUAACGGAAUGAUGGAGAACUGUGUGAAUAAAGAUGAGCGUAUAAAGUCUCUAACAGAGUGUCUGUUGAAGAUGAGAGACUGGGACUCGGAGGAGGAGAGCACUGUGAAUGACUCGAGUGGAUCAGAGAGUAAAAGCUCUUCAGAUUUCAUUCAGAAACAGAAAGUGCAGAAACUGAUCAAUGCGGCAAAGAUGAGUGCAGAUUUGAAGGCCAUGGAGGAGGACAAGGACCGAAUGUUCGCCAAACUGACCGAUGAAAUCAAAGCCAAAGAAGAUCUUCAAGAGAAUCUGGAACAGCUGCAGCAUGAGAAAGUCUCUCUGGAGUCAGAGAGCUCCAUGUACUCCAGCGAAAUCGAGAAACUCCAACACAAACUGCAGAUCAUGUCAGAGAUGUACCAGGAGAAGGAACUCAAGCUGCACAGGAUGUUGACGGUGGAGGAGAAGGAGCGCUCGCAGAAAGAGGAGCAGCUCAACAAAGCUGGGAAGAAGAUCAGCCUGGCUACAGAUGAGCUCAACUCCUACAGACAAAGAGCCAAAGAGCUGGAGGAGGAGCUGGAGAAGACCAAUCAGGCCUACAGGAACCAGAUUGCUGCACAUGAGAAAAAAGCUCAUGAUAACUGGCUGGCUGCUCGAGCUGCAGAUCGAGACCUCACUGAUGUGAAGAGAGAAAACUCAGUGCUGCGCCAGAGAUUAACGGACUGGCAGUUUAAACUGGAGCUGAUGGAGAAAAACCCCCAGGCUCGUGCUCCGCUCAUUAGAGGUGAAAGAUCUCCGUUUGGUCCGUCUCCACUCGGUCGCCCCCCCUCUGAAACUCGGCCCUUCCUGUCUCCUCCCACUCUGAUGGAUGGACCUCCCAGAGUCUCUCCACAGUUUCCCAUGAUGCCCUGCGGCAGAGCCCCCCCUGGUGGUUUGGAAGGGGACAGGAGUGUUUCUUACUCUGAAGGAGGCUCCCCGACAUGGGAGAGAGAGAGAGAGAGAGAACGAGAGCGCAGGAGUCUGGGCCCUCCAGGUCCAGAUCCAGGACUAGUGUUCAGAAGACCUCUCUCAGCCCCGUUCCUGCGAGCGCCACUUCCUACUGAAGCGUACUACAACGACAAAUCAGAAUCAUCAUUCGGAGGAGAAGGAGCUGGCUUUAGUGAGAACGGGAUCCGAGACUGUGGACGUGCGAUGCCUGGUCCUGAUGUAAGGGCAGGGCCUCUUCCUCCGUUUCCUCCAGUGGACCCCCGAGACCCUCAUUUCCCUCGCCGGGUUUACCGUCCAGACUUCUUCCCUCCGCCUCCUCUGACCAUGCGAGGACCCCCUCCUCCUCUUCCUCCUGGAGUUUUUCCCAGAAUUCCACUGCCUCCCCAUGCAGCAUUUCCACUGAUGAGACCUCCAACUGAUCACGUUUCACCUGAACCUCCAUCCAGACCUUCACCUCCAGGCAGUGAGCAGCCACCUGAACAACCUCCAUCUGCACACAUCAUCUGAGCCCCUGGUCCAUCCCUCUGGUCAUCUCUCUCUCUCUCUCUCUCUCUCUCUAUCCUCCACUGUGUGUUCCUGCUUAAUGCACCUUUGCUGACUUCCCCUAAUCAGUGUGCAUCAGAUUAUAAAGUGUGUAUAACAUGCAAUGACUUCUGGGUAAUUUCCACUGAGAUCCGCUCGAUCUUUCAGCAGGAGCCGUGCUGAUUAGACUGAGACACAGGAAAUUCUGGGAUUUAACCAGAACUUACUUUUAGUGAACAAGGGUGCAUUGUGUUACUUCCUGUUUCUGUCUUCAGGGGCUGACUUUCUCUCGUGACUCCUCCUUACAUGUCAUCACAUUUCUUUAUUGAAUUUUUUGAGAAGAAUCUCCACUGGGACGAAGCUGUUCAAACAGCUGUAAGGUCUGCUACACGGCCGCGUGCCUCCUGCUGUGUGCUGACGCUGUAGAUAUGGAGUAGAUGUUCAUCUCGAUUGAAAUGGCAUAGGACUCCCAGGUCUUCAUCUUUGUUGUAGUCAUAUUUAAUAAUUUUUACUUAUAAAUAAUUAGCUGAAACGAUGAUGUGUAAAUAUGGCACUUGCAUCAGUAUUGUGAAUAAAAGGUGUACAUACACAGAAUCUAGUGAUUUUCGUGACGCUGCAGAACCAUCCCUCUAGUCUGCAUAUUUAUAGAGCGGAUGCUUUAUUGCAGAAAUGUGAACGAGAACGUUAAUAAAAUUUGUCCUUCUAUGAA